AUGUCGGCGGUGUCUAUCUACCCCAUGUGUGUCCGGGCGAGCCGGGGCCUCCUUAGGUUGGGCAACGGAAUUAGAGGUGGUUCAACCCCCGCUGUGUUGGACUUGAUUCGAACACUUUCUGCAGAUCGCCCCGCAGGAGGGGAGAGUAGUGGCACUGGUGGAUUAGCUCAAGCGAUACUUCAAGAAAGGCUACUACAGCAGCAAAAGAGUCAGGGACAGCCUCCUCCAGAGGGUGAGGGAGAUGGAGACCCUGACAAGAAGCAACAGGACCAGUCCGAGGAUAAAAAACAGAAGGAGAACACAGCCUAUGCCAAAAAAGUGGUGCUGAGGCUUGCUGGGCUCAUGGGGCUCGGAAGUGCGGUCGGGAUGGUGUACAUAUUUGGUAGCAAUUCAGUCGAUGAACAAGGAAACAAGAUUCCAGAUGAGUUUGAUAGUGACGUUCCAGUUAUCCAGCAGCUAAAGAGGACCUUCAAAUAUUUCCAAGACUACAGGCAGAUGAUCAUAGAGCCCACAAGCCCCAAACUUCUUCCAGACCCACUGAAGGAACCCUACUACCAGCCCCCCUACACCCUGGUCCUGGAACUGACCGACGUCCUGUUACAUCCAGAGUGGUCGUUGGCGACAGGCUGGCGCUUUAAAAAGAGGCCUGGCAUAGAGUACCUGUUCCAGCAGCUGGCGCCGCUGUACGAGAUCGUCAUCUUCACAGCCGAGACGGGCAUGACGGCCUACCCUCUAAUUGACAGCAUCGAUCCCCAAGGGUUUGUCAUGUACCGCCUUUUCAGGGACGCAACCCGCUACAUGGAAGGACACCACGUCAAGGACGUGUCCUGUCUGAACCGGGACACCUCCAAGGUGAUUGUGGUGGACUGCAAACGCGAGGCCUUCAGCCUGCAGCCCUUCAACGGCAUGGCGCUGCGCAAAUGGGACGGCAACUCUGAGGACCGGACUCUGUAUGACCUGGCCACCUUCCUCAAGACCAUUGCCGUCAGCGGAGUGGAGGAUGUGCGCACUGUCCUAGAAAACUAUGCCCACGAAGAGGACCCCAUUGAAGCCUUCAAACGCAGACAAGCACAGCUGGCAGAGGAAGAGGAACAACGGCUAGCGGAGCUCUCCAAGCAGAAGAAGCAGAGUCUAUCCCUGGGUUCGAUCGCCAGCCGGUUCUGGUCCCGCUCCAAGCAGCAGUGAACCGCCCUCGCACUUGUGCCACCAAUCGCAGCCCCUCUUCUCCAGGCACUCUGCGAAUGGGACGGCUUUGGGUGGGGGUAGAGGACGGGAAGGGCAAGAGAUUGUGUUUGUUUUGGUGGGGGGGGGGGGUGGGGGGGGUAUAACCGUCCAAUCUACUCCCAGCACGAUGGGAGUGUCACAGCAGCUUGGGGGGGCGGGGCAUGGCUCCAGAAAACAUCCAGUGCAUCUGCAGUGGCGAAGGCACGUCUGGGAGAUUUUUAAAAAAGAAAAGGCCCAUGGGCAUGAGGAGUGGCCUGUGCUCAUGUUUGUUCUGUUCGUUGUCUGUUUGCAAACAUUUUCAUCAACUUCUGUGAUGGUGGAAGGGGGAGGGGUGGGUGGGGGUCUCCCUUUCAUCCGCUAAACUGUGACCUUACAGACAGAGCACUCUCAACUGUAGACUCUUUCAGCAGCCCAACGCACUUGGUCUGGACUUGGGGCAUCCACUGGUGGGAAGAGCUAAGGACUCCUGGUGACUCUUUGCUCAACAAAUUUCCAGUGCUCCUUGCUUUUUUUUUUUUUUUUUUGGCAAGCCAAUAACCAAGAAUACAGUAGGAAAGGAGCAGCGGUUUAAUAAUGUGUACUCAGAAACUUUCAUCUUCCAUCCCCUCCACCGGAGGAGAAUCCACCGCUUCGGUGAGCCCACUUCCCUCCCGGGAGGAUGGACGUGCUGCAUCCUUGGCGAUGGGUCGCUCAAGGGUUACAUCCUGAAGAAACCGAGCUGACGGAGGAGAGACUGCACUGGCGCCAUCUCUGAAUGAACUUUAAAUGGCCCCCACUGUGGUUUGGUUUCCUUGUCAAAUGUCCAGUGAAAUGCGAUCGAUGUGAACCAUCAUAGACUCCACAAUAAAUGACCGCUACAUAUUACCAACU